GGUGGUAGGCGUGGCGUAUUCACAUGCAGGAGAGGAGGGAGGAGGAGGAGGUUGCAGGCCCCGCACACAUCGGAGGAUACGGAGGGAGAACCGGAACCCUGGAUUAACCCCUGAAUAGUGGGAGCGCGGGGAGAGCGGGGCGGUCUGUAGAGCUCCCCCGGGGCGCCACCAUGAAGGUGACGGUGAGCUUCGGGAGGACCCGGGUAGUGGUGCCCUGUGGGGACGGCAACUUGAAAGUUUCCAGCCUCAUCCAGCAAGCGGUGACCAGGUACAAGAAGGCCAUAGCCAAGGACCCCAACUACUGGAUUCAAGUUCAUCGUUUAGAACAUGGUGAUGGCGGCAUUCUGGACCUCGAUGACAUUCUUUGUGAUGUAGCUGAUGACAAAGACAGACUUGUGGCGAUUUAUGAAGAACAAGAUCCACAUCAUGGGGGAGACGGCACAAGUGCCAGUUCUACUGGCACUCAGAGCCCCGAGAUAUUUGGCAGCGAGCUUGGAACGAACAGCAUGUCUGCCUUCCAACCUUACCAGGCAACAAGUGAAAUCGAGGUUACCCCAUCAGUCCUGCGAGCAAAUAUGCCACUGCACGUGCGUCGGAGUAGCGAUCCGUCAUUAGUGGGGAUUACCACCUCAGUCAGCGACUCCAAUUUCUCAUCAGAAGAGCCCUCUCGCAGGAACCCCUCAAGAUGGUCUACAACAGCAGGCUACAACAAGAAAAACACCCCUGCAGGCCACACCAGCAGUGACAGAAAGAAAGAUGAGAACUACAGAAGUCUGCCCAGAGAUACCAGUAACUGGUCUAAACAGUUUGAAAGAGAUAAAGCCCGCUCUUCCCUGAGUGCCAGUCACCCCCUGGUGGACAAGUGGCUAGAGAGGCAGGAGCAGGAAGAGGAAGAUGGAGAAGAGAACAGCCGGGUUGAACCUGUUGGUCACGCAGACACUGGCUUGGAACGAACCUCAAGCUUCUCCCUUGAUGACAUGGUGAAACUAGUGGAAGUCUCCAAUGAUGGUGGACCUCUGGGCAUCCAUGUAGUGCCUUACAGCUCCCGUGGUGGCAGAACACUCGGGUUAUUAGUAAAACGGCUAGAGAAAGGUGGCAAAGCUGAACAAGAGAACCUUUUCCGUGAGAACGACUGUAUCGUCCGGAUUAACAACGGUGACCUUCGCAACAGAAGAUUUGAGCAAGCACAGCAUAUGUUCCGUCAAGCCAUGCGCUCGCCCAUGAUUUGGUUCCAUGUGGUGCCUGCUGCUAACAAAGAACCGUAUGAACAACUAUCCCAAAGUGAGAACAGCUACUACUCCAGCCAACAUGCCUCCGACCACCAGUUCAUGGACAACAGGAACUUUCACAGUCCCGGUCCUGAGCAGACACUGCAGAGAGUUCCCGGUCCUGAGCAGACACUGCAGAGAGUUCCCCGACAGGGAAACCAGACAGAGCCUAUAGACUCUUACUCACACCUACCUCAUAGUAUCAAUUCAGCAGGAAAACCACCAACUGGCCUCACCCCUUCACCACAGCGUGGCGCCAACUGCUCCCCUGCCAGCGGUUACAAUACCAAAAAAGGAAAGAAGCUAUACAUCCAGCUCAAGAAAGGGGCUGAAGGAUUGGGGUUUAGCAUCACUUCAAGAGAUGUUCCUCUUGGUGGUUCAGCACCAAUCUAUGUGAAGAACAUACUCCCCAGAGGAGCUGCUAUUCAAGAUGGCAGAAUGAAAGCUGGAGAUCGACUGCUAGAGGUGAAUGGUGUGGACCUAACUGGAAAAACACAAGAAGAAGUUGUAUCAUUAUUAAGAAGUACCAAAAUGGGAGGUGCAGUAAAUCUCUUAAUCCUCAGACAAGACGAGGCUUUCAACCCCAGAGAGCUGAACACUGAGCCAAGUCCGGUACCCAACGCAAGAGAACCGCAACCAGAAGAAGAUGACUUGGUUCUCACGCCUGAUGGCACCAGAGAGUUCUUGACGUUUGAAAUUCCUCUAAAUGAUUCUGGAUCUGCUGGACUUGGCGUCAGUGUUAAAGGAAAUCGGUCAAAAGAGAAUCAUGCUGACCUUGGCAUCUUUGUAAAGUCUAUUAUCAAUGGUGGAGCUGCUUCCAAAGAUGGAAGGCUUCAUGUAAAUGAUCAACUAGUGGCAGUCAAUGGCGAAUCACUGUUGGGUAAAACAAACCAAGAUGCCAUGGAAAAUUUGAGGAAGUCUAUGUCCACAGAAGGAAAUAAAAGGGGAAUGAUCCAGUUAAUUGUAGCAAGAAGAAUAAAGAAGAAUGAGUUGGAGUCACCUGGAAGCCCCUCGGGGCCCGAAUUGCCCAUCGAGACAAUGCUGGACGACAGGGAGCGAAGAAUUUCCCACUCUAUGUACAGCUUUGACGAAUCGCCCACAAGGAAUGCUGCAUUAAGUAGAAUAAUGGGUAAAUAUCAACUUUCCCCAACAGUGAACAUGCCUCAGGAUGACACUGUGAUCAUCGAAGAUGACAGAUCCCCAGCAAUGCCUUCCCAGCUCUCUGACCACUCGUCAUCCAGCUCACAUGAUGAUGUAGGAUGUGUUACAGACUCUGCAGGAGCCUGGUCAAAAAAUGUUACUAGUGAAUCCACAGAGAGCACUUUGAGUCCAGAUGUAGAUCCAUCUCUUGCCUUCCAGAGAGAGGGGUUUGGUCGCCAGAGCAUGUCAGAGAAACGCACCAAGCAGUUUGGAGACGCCAGUCAGUUGGACUUUGUUAAAACCCGAAAAUCUAAAAGCAUGGAUUUAGUAGCUGACGAGGCUAGGAUCAGUGCAAUGGCUGACUACAGUGCAGGUUCCCCAAGCAGAGACGUCGGGCCUUCAUUAGGCCUGAAGAAAUCCAGCUCAUUAGAAAGUCUGCAGACAGCCGUGGCUGAGGUGACUUUGAACGGUGACAUUCCUUUCCAUCGCCCACGCCCGCGAAUCAUUCGAGGACGAGGCUGCAAUGAGAGCUUCCGAGCUGCUAUUGACAAGUCCUAUGACAAGCCACCUGUUGAUGACGACGAUGAAGGCAUGGAGACGUGUAAUAACAAAUCCCAACUGGAGACCUUGAAUAGCUCAUCGGAAUUGGGUGCCAGUAAGUCCCAACUAAACAGUUCGUCUGAGUGGGGCACGAACAGAUCCCAGCUGGAAGUAUUGAACAGCUCUUCAGAGUGGGGUGGCACAUCACAGUUGGAACCACUAAACAAGUCUGUUGAGCAGGGUACCAAUCAAAUACAGCUUGAGCAAAGGGACAGUUCUACCACAUGGGUGGAGGAAGACACUGAAGAGAGCUCUCGAUCAGGGCGAGAGUCCGUUUCAACUGCCAGUGACCAGCCAUCUCAUUCACUAGAGAGACAGGUUAAUGGGUCAAGUCAAGACAAGAAUAAAAAGGAAAAGAGCAGUAAAGAGAAGAAAAAAGACAAAGAUAAAGACCGAGAUAAAGAUAAAAGCAAGGCCAAAAAGGGCGGCGUGCUGAAAGGUCUGGGUGAUAUGUUCAGGUUUGGCAAACAUCGAAAAGAUGACAAGAUUGAUCACAGGGGAUCGUGGAAAAUGAAAGAAGCCCACCCUUCAGAAGAUGACAGGAUGCGAAUGAGGCAAGAACAGGAGAGGAUUCAGGCUAAAACCCGGGAAAUUCGAGAAAGGCAAGCUCGGGAAAAAGACUAUGCAGAGAUUCAUGAAUAUUCAAAGAAUUACAGCAUCUCUGAUGAUCCAACCUAUGCUACUACGGGCCAGUACGACACUAUUCCUAACAGCGGUACCCUUAAUUUGAACAGUAGACCUCAAAGCCCAAGAGAUGGAAAGCAAAUGGAGGCGCUGUAUGCCCAAGUUAAGAAACCGAGGAACUCAAAGCCUUCACCUGUAGACAGUAAUCGAUCAACUCCAAGCAACCAUGACCGAAUACAGCGUCUUCGACAAGAAUUCCAGCAGGCCCGGCAUGAGGACGACGUAGAUGAGCGCAGGCGUACUUACAGCUUUGAACAACCUUGGCCAAACACAACAACAUAUAAUCAGAGCGGACGGCAUUCAGUGUCUGUGGAAGUUCAGAUGCAGAGGCAAAGACAGGAGGAACGGGACAGCUUCCAGCAAGCCCAGCGCCAGUACAGUUCAUUACCCAGGCAAAGUCGCAAAAAUCCUAGCUCUAUUUCUCAAGACUCGUGGGAGCAAGCUUAUUCCCCUGGAGAGGGUUUCCAGAGCGCCAAGGAGAAUCCUCGAUAUUCCAGCUAUCAGGGCUCAAGGAAUGGCUACAUGGGUGGACAUGGAUUCAAUGCCAGGGUCAUGAUGGAAACCCAAGAACUUCUCAGACAAGAACAGAGGCGGAAAGAACAGCAGCUUAAAAAAAAGGUGUCUGAAGGGUCAGACAAUUAUGACUCAAAUUUCACUCAGUCUAAAGGUCCUUUCCGUCAAGACGUCCCACCCUCUCCGUCUCAGGUAGCACGGCUGAACCGAUUACCGCAAGAACAGGGGAGACCCUUCUAUUCCUGAGGAACACUGAACACUAAUAAACAAAUAAAGGCAAUAAUUAUUUUCAUGGAAGACUUUGUAUUAUUUUUUAAAUGGAAUGGUACUGUGGUAUACAUCAUGCUUCUUUUUAGUGCCUUUUGCAAUACGGGCGAAGCAACAAUGGACCUCUUCUUGUCUCCUUGCCCUUGUCUUUUUGGUCUGAAGUGUUAUCCACAUGGAAGGAUAUUUUAUGAUAAGACAAUCACUGGUGACAUUUAAUCUUUUUCCCCUGAAGAUCAUGUCGUUCAGCUGAGUUUCAUGAAGAGUCAAGAAUUGACUGCCAUGCUUUUGUUUCGUUUUGCCAUGUAUCUUUUUUUGUUUCUUUUUUACUGACAUAAUAUAUUGUGGGAACGGAAUGAAUUGAGGUUUCUACUCAAUGGAUUCUUUUAUUUUCUUUUUAUACAUAUGUGGAACAGUUGACUAAAGUAUUAUUUUCUUGUUAUCAUGCAGCCCAAGAUUGGUCAUUUAAUCAUUUACCCUACUCACUUUGGUUUGUUUUUAAGCAGUUAUAAAGCUGAUUAUGUUUAUGUUGUAAUUUGUUAUGUAACUAAAAGGAAAAAAAAAUUGUGACAGAUUCACUUUUUUACAAUUGCCUUUCAUCUCAAAGAAAUUUGUAUAACAAUGUUUGUCCUAUUCAUGAAUACCCUUUAAGUGGUAGGUUGUACAUGCCUGGAUUUUAUGUAAGCAUUUUUUAUUUCUGGAAUGUAUUUCAUCAUAUUCAGAUUUCUAAGGAUUUUUAGGAAUUUGUCAUUAUUUUUAAUUUGAUCCCCCUUUCAUGCACAGUUAAGACAGAAAAUGUGUAAGCUAAAUCAGAAUAUUUGCUCUUUUUUGCAUGCUUAACUAUUACUAAGGAAAUGAUUGCCUUCAAAAAUCUAAAGCCUAGGGCUGAAUAAAAAAACCUUACCAUUCAGGAGGAGCCCCUGUACGAACAAUUUAAUGUUGGUACAUUGAUCUCCCCUGCUGAGCUAUUGUGUUCCGACAGGGAAACGACCCCUCUGCCAGAACACUCUGAUGAUCACAAGACCUUUUUCAGUCAUGCCCCUUCUUCAGAAGCCAACCCGAACGACCAGCGUCUGUCGGACCGAUUCCAAUACACAUGGGCCGAAUGUCAGCCACUUUCUAUUGAACUGACCGAUGCCGCUCGACAUUCAGCCUGUAUGUACUAGGCUUAAGAAGACACAAGAACCGCAGUACUCCUGAUGCUGAGCUGUAGCUGUCAUUGCUUAAGUGCAUUUGCUCUGCGAUUUUGUCACCAGUGUAUGGAGCCAACAAAACAGAGGGACCUCCCUACCUUUGGCUUCAUGUAAACUACAGCUCCUAAGCUUGAGUUUUGGAGCUUUUGGCAUUUUUUGCCAAAACUCCAUAAAAUCCUGUGUGUCAAUGUACAUAUAGGCUUUUACAAGGGUUUAGGAGCUGCUGUGGUUAGGGGAACUUCAAUUUCCCUCCCCUGAAUGCAGAAAAAUCACGUUCAGGAUAGAAACUAUUUGACCGCCAGCCACGUGAAAAUGCAAUGUUCUGCAUUUUCCAGCGUUCACAGUAGGCCUAUCUUGUUAACUGGUUCCUAAGACAAAUAUCCUAAUUGUGGUCUGAUUAUUGUGGAUAGUGCUUAUAUAUUGGCUGCCAACCCCAUGUAUAGUAGAUGGGAGUCAGGAAUUGUCAAUACGGAUUGCUUGAUGUUUGAACAAAGAAAAAAAAAUUGAAUGUUUAACAGGAGUGACAAAACACCAGGAUCCAGAGAACGUUUGCUUUGUGCUUCCAUGUACCCCAUAGGGUGUGAGCCUGAAAUGGAGGAAUCUGUUACACAGUUCUGAAAAUUGUUCCACAUAAAGGAAACACUGUAAGCAGAAGCUGAUCUGAUAAGAGUUGCCCAGGUUUUAGAAUCCUAGUAAAUGAGAAAAUUCAGGUUAUAAUUUGCAAACGCUGCCAUCACUAGAGCGUCUUGUAUAGUAAUUCCCAUAGGUGGUCACGAUCUUUCUGCCACACCUCUGAAGGUCAUUUAUAUCCUGAAACAUUCUUCCUACAUUAUCCCAAUCUAUUAUAG